CAGGAGGGGGCCCCCCGUGCUCAGGGGGGCCGGCGCGAGGGGCAGGGCCAGCCUUGCAUCAUCCCCGGCGGGCUGCAGCGGCGGCGCGGGCGCCUUGCCUAGCCGGGGCUGCAGCAGCAGCGGGCGGCCAGCACCGGCCGGCGGCAUGGAGAAGCCGAGCGAGAGCUGGAACGGCCACGUGCAGGGCGACGCCCUGGCCGGGCUGGAGGCGGCGGCGGCCCGGGGGCUGCCCGCGGAGCCGGCCCGGCGGCGGGGCUGCGGCCGCUGCCUGAGGAAGCACAGCCUGGUCAUCCUGACCGUGGCCGGCGUGCUGCUAGGGGUGGCCCUGGGCGCGGCCGUCCGCGGCGCCCACCUCAGCCGGGCGCAGGUGGCCGCCCUGGCCUUCCCCGGGGAGCUGCUGCUCCGCAUGCUGCGGAUGGUCAUCCUGCCGCUGGUGGUCUGCAGCCUGGUCUCCGGCGCCGCCAGCCUGGACACCCGGGCCCUGGGCAAGCUGGGGGGCAUCGCCGUCGCCUACUUCAUGGGCACCACCCUGGUGGCCUCCGCGCUGGCCGUAGCCUUGGCCUUCAUCAUCCGACCGGGGGCCGGGGCCCAGGCGCUGAACACCAACGCCCUGGGGCUGGCCGACGCCCUGCCCACCAACAAAGAGACGGUGGACUCCUUCCUGGACCUCGCCAGAAAUCUGUUUCCUUCCAACCUGGUUGUUGCAGCUUUUCGAACGUAUGCAACGGAUUAUAAGAUAAUAGUAAGAAACAUCUCUGUUGGAAAUGUUACGUUUGAGAAGAUCCCUAUUGGCACAGAGAUCGAAGGGAUGAAUAUUCUGGGACUGGUUUUGUUUGCUCUGGUUUUGGGAGUAGCUUUGAAAAAGCUUGGCCCAGAAGGAGAAGAACUGAUUCGUUUCUUUAACUCAUUCAAUGAGGCAACUAUGGUCUUGGUGUCUUGGAUUAUGUGGUAUGUGCCUAUUGGCAUUACAUUCCUUGUUGGAAGCAAGAUUGUAGAAAUGGAAGAUAUUGUCCUUCUGGUAACCAGCCUGGGAAAAUACAUCUUUGCCUCAAUUCUGGGUCACGUCAUCCAUGGAGGAAUCAUUUUGCCGCUUAUAUAUUUUGCAUUCACACGCAAAAAUCCUUUCAGCUUUCUCUUAGGACUUGUAACACCAUUCGCAACAGCCUUUGCCACUUGUUCAAGCUCAGCUACUCUCCCAUCAAUGAUCAAGUGUAUUGAAGAAAACAAUGGAGUAGACAAGAGGAUCAGUAGGUUCAUCCUUCCUAUUGGGGCCACUGUGAACAUGGAUGGAGCCGCCAUAUUCCAGUGCGUGGCAGCUGUGUUUAUUGCUCAGCUGAAUAAUGUUGACCUCAAUGCUGGACAGAUCUUUACUAUUCUUGUGACGGCCACUGCAGCCAGCGUUGGAGCGGCUGGAGUCCCAGCUGGAGGAGUUCUGACCAUUGCUAUUAUCCUGGAGGCCAUUGGACUUCCCACCAACGAUCUAUCCUUGAUAUUAGCAGUGGACUGGAUUGUAGUGACAACGUGAUCCGGAAACCUCCUUCCAUUACACUGUAGCCUUGUCACAUUCGCUUGUGGUGCAUGGCCAAGGGGCAUCAGGACGGGACAUGGUGCCAAAGCUCAGACAGCAGCACUAGUGAUGGGGGAACCCUUUGUGCCUGAUUUCAUACUCACCUGGACAUCAUGGGGUGGAAGGUCUGACUCAGGCUAGAACAUCACCAGGUUUCACUGCUCUUAGAGGAGGCUGGAAAAGGAAUAUGGAGCAAAGGCAGCGAAACAAUCCAGUGAAAGCUGGAUGAAAAGCUGGGCCCGGUGGGACAGAGGCACUAAUGAAAAGGAGCUCAGUGGGGGAGAAGGAAAGGCAUGAACAGAGCCUGUCUACGUCCUGGAACAGGGCCCCCACAUGUGCUCGCUGAGCUUUUGGGUGAUGCAGAUAUUACAGGCUUCCCUUUAGUUAAAAACAAAAAGCCCAAUUCAUCCAUAUCCAAACUUGGCAGCCUGCCCCACCUCUGUGAUGGAAGACUAGCAGUGGGCCAUGCGUGGCCAUUCAGGGGACUCAAGGUCAGGAAUGGAUUCAGGGCUCUCUCUUCCUGUGCUGGUGGAGACAGCUGUGGAGGGAGGGAAGUGGAAGCAGUGGGAUAGUGGAGAAAGCCCAUCUGUCUCAGGGGAGAUCCCUUGUGUCCCGCCCCUGUCUAGAGGUGAAGUGUUACACUGGCAGCUGAAGAGGAAGCAUAGAGAUUGAGAACAGCCAAUGCUAAGAGUUGGAGCCACCCAUAAAACACGCUACAUUUCUAUAAUACUUAAACUAUGAUGAUACCUAUAGAGAACAGCUAAUGCCACUGUCAAUCCACGAGUAUUCCUUCUGUCUCCAUUGACUUCAGUGGCGUUACACUAGGGAUGAAUUUGGCCCCAUAUAUUGAAUUGUAUUGCUUAAGUUAAAGGGUGCCUAUGUGCUUUUGCCAUUGACCAGGGACCGAACCACCACUGUUGUGAACGUUGAAGGAGAUGCCCUGGGAGCAGGUAUCCUUCAUUAUCUGAAUCAAAAA